UUCUCUCUCUUCUAUUAAUUGUAACAGUCAUCUUUCUCCUUUAGUAUUCCUCAUUAUUUGUAAUCUUCUUUACAUAGUCACUCAGUACUUGCUUUUUCUCAGAAAGAAACCAAACAAACAUACAAUAGAAGAAGCUUGAUCGAACUAAAAUGGCCAAGUCCUACGAAGAAGAGCACCCCAAGAAGGCUUUUGGUUGGGCUGCUAGAGAUUCAUCUGGAGUCCUCUCUCCCUUCCAUUUCUCAAGAAGAGAAAACGGAGAGAAAGAUGUUACGUUUAAAGUGAUGUACUGUGGGAUAUGCCACUCCGACUUGCAUAUGCUCAAGAAUGAAUGGGGCGUUUCCACAUAUCCUCUCGUGCCUGGGCACGAGAUAGUUGGAAUGGUAACAGAGGUGGGAAGCAAAGUGCAGAAAUUCAAAGUUGGUGACAAAGUUGGCGUGGGGUGCAUGGUGGGCUCCUGUGGCUCAUGCGAUAGUUGUGCUAAUGAUCUAGAGAAUUACUGCCCAAAGAUGAUCCUCACAUAUGCCGCCAAAUACCACGACGGAACCACCACCUACGGAGGCUACUCCGAUAUCAUGGUGGCCGACGAGCAUUUCAUCGUUCGCAUUCCCGAUAGCCUACCUCUUGACGCUGCUGCUCCUCUCCUCUGCGCUGGGAUUACAGUCUACAGUCCCUUGAAAUACUAUGGACUCGAUAAGCCUGGUCUUCAUGUGGGGAUCGUUGGUCUAGGUGGGCUGGGCCAUGUCGCUGUGAAAUUUGCCAAGGCUCUUGGGACUAAGGUCACAGUCAUCAGUACCUCUCCGAACAAGAAGCAAGAAGCUAUUGAACACCUUGGUGCCGACUCAUUUUUGGUCAGCCGUGACCAAGAACAGGUCCAGGCUGCCAAUGGAACCAUGGAUGGUAUUAUUGACACAGUUUCUGCUGUUCAUCCUCUAUUGCCUUUAAUUGGUCUUUUGAAGCCUCAUGGAAAGCUCGUUAUGGUUGGUGCUCCGGAGAAACCACUUGAACUGCCAGCUUUUUCUUUGAUAUUGGGAAGAAAGAUAGUAGGUGGAAGUUCCAUUGGAGGGAUGAAAGAAACACAAGAAAUGAUUGACGUUGCAGCCAAGCACAACAUAACAGCUGAUAUUGAGGUUAUUCCUAUUGAUUACGUGAACACAGCAACGGAACGCCUUUUAAAAGCAGAUGUCAGAUACCGAUUUGUGAUCGACAUUGCAAACACAAUGAAGCCAACUAGCUCUUAUGAUUAAUAUUUAUAUAUAUUUGUUUCGAUUUCUAUAAUAUACAGUGCUCAAUGCUCAAUUAUGUGUGCGAAUCAUUGAAACAAAAGCUAGUUUAUGUAAGGUGCCGUCAUUUUGGUUUUUGGAACUUUUCUUGGUAUUUCGAUAAACAUAGAAUAAAACUGUACAUUUUGGGUAAGUUUGUUAUCCAUUAUUAUCUCUUAUUGUAUUAUAAUUAAUUGUGUUUUAUAUAGAAUAUAUUUAUAUAGUAAUAUAUUUGGUAUUGACUUUUACUAAAAUAUUAUGUAUUUAUAAGUAAAUACAAGUCAAUACCAAAUAUUUUACUGUAUAAAAAUAUACUAUAAAACAUAAUUUAUUAUAAUACAAUACAACCUAAUACAACACAUCAUACAGAUGGACACUACUAUUUCUGUAACGUCCCAAAAUUCUUAAUAAGGCAUAGUACCUAGAUUAGGGGCCAAGAGGGCAUUAUUGGAAUAUUAUGUAUUUAUAUAUGAAUUAAUUGAAUAUUUAUGUGAUUAUGUGAA